AAGUCGAGACCUGAAGAGACUCACCAGAAAACUCAGGAUGGCAGUCUGUGACAAAACCAUCCCCUGGAGGAUCUGGGCGUUCACGUUCCUUCUUACAGGUGCUGUGGGUCAAACUGUGAAUUAUCCACGUCCUGUCUGUGGUGUGGAAACAUCGACUGUCACCCUCCCCUGCACCUUCACACCACUCAGGUCCUUCAUUCAGAGUGAAAGAGAAGUUUUACUGGAGAUCGUCAGAGUCCGCUGGUGCAAGAAUCAUCUCAUUUGUCAGGGAAACACUCCGUCUGUGUACGACAGCAACUCUGAGACCAACGACCCUCGCUACCAAUACCUGGGAGACAAGAAGGGAAACUGCACUUUACAGAUCAGAGAUCUACGGCCUGAGGACUCAGCAACGUUUCGCUUCAGGAUGGAAGCCGAUCAUACUGAAGGACAUUUUACUGGACAGUCAGGAGUGACUGUCACAGUUGUUGAUGAGACUGAAAUGAGAAUAAUCAGCUCCAGUGGUGAGAGCGUGAUGAGAGAGGGUCAAACAGUCACACUGCACUGCACUGCAAACUGCACUUUCCACCAACUGGAGGUCACCUGGUUCAGAGAUGACCACGCCCUCCCCGCAUCUGGCCCCGCCUUCCAGCUCGGCCCUCUGACUGCAGGGGAUUCUGGGAACUACACCUGUGGUUUGAAGAACAACUUGAAGAAACGCUCCCUGACGUACACGCUGCACGUCGGAGAAAAAGGAGAGGACGUCACCCUGGCUCGGACAGUGGGUGUGGUGCUCGGGGUCCUGGUGGUUCUGUGUGCUCUCAUACUGGUCUUCUUCAUGGUCAGAAGGACGAGGGCUCAGAGAGCUGUGGGGGGACGCAAGUGUCCUGAUAACAUCUGCAGCAACAACCCACAGCCUGCUGAGGAGGGAAGGGAUCAUCAACAGGAAACCAGUGAAGUCGAGGAGGACAUCAGCUACGCCUCCGUCCAGUUCAAACACAAGAACCAGGCCAGGCCCGUGGAGGAGGCUGCGGAUGUCGUCAUCUACUCGUCUGUGGCCAGCAGAGGCUGAAGCUCCGUCUCAUUCUCACCUCACAGCGUAAUGACGGGGCUCUUUGUUUCCCGCAGCAGUGGAACUGAAUGUGAUAACCAGCUUUGUUCCAAACAUCUGUAAUUAGAAUUAUUUUCCCAAAAACCAGACAGUGCUGUGGAGUAGCUACAGGAUUUGACCACUGACACUGACAGAUAACUGAUAAUACUUUCUUAUAACUGCCCCACCCAUACCCAGCUAAGCUCACUGGACAAGAACCCCCCCUUCAAAUCCCUGUUGAACCCCUGCUGCAGGUCAUCAGAAUCAGCACCAUCAGAUCUGAUGUGACCGCUGUGGAUGGAGGUGUCCCGUGGAUGGAGGCGUCCCGUGGAUGGAGGCGUCCCGUGGAUGGAGGCGUCCCGUGGAUGGAGGCGUCCCGUGGAUGGAGGCGUCUCGUGGAUGCUGAUGUUUGUGAAGCACAGAGGUCUCUCUCUCUCUGUGCACGUCUCAUUUUGUCUCCGUGUCUCGUUGUUUUUCUCAUUUUGAAUGUUUUGACCUGACCAUUUAUUUGUUUGUUGUAAUUUAUUCUGUGAAGCAGGUUUAUCUGGUGGUUUUGUUAAAAAGAUGCUGUGUAAAGAGUUUUUAGAUUUAAGUAUAGAUGAGAUUCCAUUUGUGUCAUGUUCACACAUUUAAAGUUUCCACGGUGAAGAGAUGGUACAACACGGCCUGCUGACACGAAACAUGAAGGCAACAUGGUUGGACACGGCCUCUGCACCGUGAGUGAGUCGAGAGUAAAUGGUAUGAAAUGUUUUUAUAAUGUAAGGUGACCUUGAGUGUCAAGAAAGGCGCCUAUAAAUAAAAUGCAUUG